CCAAGCCCUCCGAGUGAUCGCCCUGCCUUGGGUCCCCUCCGAGAACGGAACGCGGGGGACCGCUGCAUCCCCAGAGCCAGAGGCCUGAAGAUCAGUCUGGGUAAAGGAAAGGAUGCCACUCUUCUUCCGGAAGCGGAAACCCAGCGAGGAGGCCCGGAAACGCCUGGAGUACCAAAUGUGUCUGGCAAAAGAAGCUGGGGCAGAUGACAUUCUUGACAUCUCUAAAUGUGAGCUCUCAGAGAUUCCAUUUGGAGUUUUUGCAACAUGCAAAGUUCUGCAGAAGAAGGUGUUGGUCGUCCACACGAAUCACCUCACUUCCCUGCUUCCCAAAUCCUGCAGCCUCCUGAGUCUCGCAACCAUCAAGGUCCUGGAUCUCCACGAUAAUCAGCUGACAGCCCUUCCUGAUGACAUAGGGCAGCUGACAGCUCUCCAGGUAUUCAAUGUGGAAAGAAACCAACUGACGCAUCUCCCACGUUCCAUUGGGAGCCUGGCCCAGCUCCAGACUCUCACUGUCAAAGACAACAAGCUGAAGGAGCUUCCAGACGCCAUGGGGGAGCUUCGAAGUUUACGUACUCUCGACAUCAGUGGAAAUGAGAUUCAGAGAUUGCCGCAGAUGCUGGCUCAUGUUCGAACCCUGGAGACGCUGAACCUCGAUGCCUCGGCCAUGGUCUACCCCCCACGGGAGGUGUGUGGCGCCGGCACUGCGGCCAUCCUGCAGUUCCUCUGCAAAGAGUCAGGGCUGCAGUACUACCCCCCUUCUCAGUACCUGCUGCCAGUGCUGGAGCAAGAUGGAGCCGAGAACUUGCGGGACAGCCCUGAUGGACCCACAGACAGAUUCUUAAGGGAGGAGGUGGAGUGGCAAAAUAGGUUCUCAGACUAUGAGAAGAGGAAGGAACAGAAGAUGCUGGAAAAACUUGAGUUUGAACGGCGCCUGGAACUCGGGCAGCGAGAGCACGCCCAGCUCCUUCAGCAGAGCCACAGCCAAAAGGACGAGAUCCUUCAGACAGUCAAGGAGGCGCAGUCUCGGCUGGAGCAAGGCCUGAGUGAGCGCCAGCGCUACCUGGACGUGGAGCGGCAGCGGCUGCAGGAGCAGCUGAAGCAGACAGAGCAGAACAUCUCUGGCCGGAUCCAGAAGCUCCUGCAGGAGAAUCAGAGACAGAAGAAAAGCUCCGAGAUUUUGAAGUCACUGGAGAAUGAAAGAAUAAGAAUGGAACAGUUGAUGUCCAUAACCCAGGAGGAGACCGAGAACCUGCGGCGACGAGAGGUUGCCUCCGCCAUGCAGCAGAUGCUGACCGAGAGCUGUAAAAACCGCCUCAUCCAGAUGGCCUAUGAGUCUCAGAGGCAGAACUUGGUCCAGCAGGCCUGUUCCAGCAUGGCAGAAAUGGACGAGCGGUUCCAGCAGAUUCUGUCAUGGCAGCAGAUGGAUCAGAACAAAGCCAUCAGUCAGAUCCUGCAGGAGAGCGCCAUGCAGAAGGCUGCGUUCGAGGCUCUCCAGGUGAAGAAAGACCUGAUGCAUCGGCAGAUCAGGAAUCAGAUUAAAUUAAUAGAAACUGAGUUAUUGCAGCUGACACAGCUGGAGUUAAAGAGGAAAUUCCUGGACACAGAGACACUACAGGAGAUGAUCUCGGAGCAGCGCUGGGCCCUCAGCUCGCUGCUCCAGCAGCUGCUCAAAGAGAAGCAGCAGCGAGAGGAAGAACUCCGGGAGAUCCUGAUGGAGAUAGAAGCGAAAAGUGAGACCAGGCAGGAAAAUUACUGGCUGAUUCAGUACCAGCGGCUUUUGAACCAGAAGCCUUUAUCCCUGAAACUACAGGAAGAAGGCCUAGAGCCCCAGCUGGUGGCCCUCCUGGAGGAGCUGUCAGCCGAGCACUACCUGCCCGUCUUCGCCCACCACCGCAUCUCGCUGGACGUGCUGAGCCAGAUGAGCCCCGGGGACCUGGCCAAGGUGGGUGUCUCCGAAGCCGGCCUGCAGCACGACAUCCUGUGGAGAGUCCAGGAGCUGCUGGAUGUGGCCAGGAUCCAGCCAGGUACCGGCACACUCCGGGCUCCUCCGGGGCCCCACCGUAGGUGUGGGCUGGAGCGGACGGUCACUUGCGGCCCAGAGCGGGCCUGUGAUUGGACGCGGAGAGAUGUCGUGAUGGGCUGUGAAGGGGAGGAGAAAGUCCUGAAGGCCUCGGAAGGGGCAGGUGUGGGGUUGAGUGCAACCCGGGGGCCGGGCGUCAGCUGGCACUUACACACGUGGCAUCCCGUGAGGGCGCAGACCGUCUUCCUCAACUGCGGCCAUGUCUGCUGCUGCCAGCCGUGCUCCCAGCCACUGCGCACCUGCCCGCUGUGCCGCCAGGACAUCGCCCAGCGCCUGCGAAUCUACCACAGCAGCUGAGCCGUCGGGCGGGCCCUCCUGCCCUCGCGCCCUUGGGCUCUGCUCCCCGCACAAGACCCAGGCCCUUUCCCUCGGCCCGGAGC